AUGUCUGACUCGUCAAGUGCCAGCGAGCCUUAUUCAAACGCAUCAAACUCUACAAAAGAUUACGCAAACUUGCGAGACCGGACAGCAUUUCCAAACUUCGCUGACAUUCCAGAAUUGAAGAUCCUACAGUCAAAUCGCAAGGUUUACAAACCACGAAAGCAUUGGUGCUUACUUGUGGAGGUUGUCAGCAUCAUUGAUACAUUUCCCCGCCUGAUUCUCAGUGCCAUUGACAAAGCAGACAGACAAAUCACCAUUGCCUUCUAUACAAAAGAUAUGGGACAGAGACUUAAAACACCUGAGCUAAAAAUGGGACGCGCUAUUGCGAUUAUGUAUCCCAUACAGCAUCAGUUUCGUGAUGGUUCCUUGGGGGUUCUUCAGGAGGAUUAUGACUUGAUCAAGCAAUUUCCUACGUCCCUCGCCAACUUACUUCAGCUCAGUGAUGAAAUUCAGUCCUGA